CGAUAGGCACGAGCGUGCAGCGCAGCGAACGGCAACUGCACCGACUGCAGCGCGCCAGUCCGUGACGCCACAGGGACCGAACUGCAGCCUGACUGCGCAGUGAGUUGCAGCUGCACUUGGCAACACUGUGCUCACGUCUGCCUCGCUUUGCCGUGAUUGCUGGCUGCCGGCUGCUUGCCGCUAUGUGACGCUAUCUGUUGGACAUGGCGGCGCUGCUGCUGCUCGGGCUGUGCCUCGGGCCCGCGCAGGCCGCAGGGACCACGUGUCCCGUCACGUGGUUCUCCCCGCAGGGCGCCGACUGCUCCCGCCGCGGGCUGCGGGGGGUCCCUGCCUGCCUGCCGCGCAGCCUCACUGCGCUGCUGCUGGAGGGCAACUCCGUGGCCCCUCGCGAGGACCUCUUCAGCAGCUUCAGCCACCUGGCCGAGCUGUCCCUCGCCAACAACAGCAUGGCCGCGCUGCCGGAGCGCGUGUUCAGCGGUCUGCAGCUGCUGUCCUUGAAUCUGUCCCACAACAGUCUCAAAACAUUACACUGCAAUUUGUUCAGUGGCCUGAAUCAGCUACGACAACUUUCCCUGGCACACAAUCAACUUUCCUUUCUGAAUCCUAAACUGUUCAAUGAACUUAAGAAUAUCAAGUUGGUCGACGUCAGCUAUAAUAAGCUAAUUAUCCUCAAAUGCAGAGUUUUAUUUCAGUCAUGUCCGUUACUGGAGACUCUGAUUGCUUCUUUUAACCACAUAGCUUCUUACAGUCUUCCCAACUCUGCAUAUAAUCUGAGGCGUAUCGAUCUGAGCCAUAAUAAUAUAACCACUGUUUAUCAACUUAGAUACUGGUAUUUAGAAUACGCUGACUUUUCAUACAAUGCCAUCAGCAAAGUGUUACUUUACAUUUUUGGGGGAGAAGUUAAAGUAAUUAAUUUCAGUUACAAUAAUAUAAGUUUGAUUCGUGUUGACCUUAACCUAGACUCAAUAGGUUCUAAUCCAGUUUCGUACUUAAUGUCGACUGCAAAUCUCCUGCUAGCUGGAAAUCGCCUUGAAGAAAUAGACACGAUGCUUAUUGCUUCAGCCCGAAAUUUUAUAGAACUAUCCGGUAAUAACAUCUCAACUAUUCAUUUACGCUCUGAACAACAGGGCAUGGGAAUAAGUGUGGAACACAUUGAUCUCUCUGACAAUCCCUUCUUAACGGUGUCGGCAGAUGUGCUGAAGGAACUGGUGAACAUCAAAAGAAUCGACUUGAGCGGAAACAAAAUAGGUCUAAAUAAUCUAGCGAUGUUCGGAGAUAUCGUCGGUUCAGCAAGUUUGAACCUCUUGAACCUCGCUGACUGCCUUCUUUGUGAGUUUCUUCCUGCGAACUUCUUGGCCAGGUACUACAAUGUCACGGACAAAGUGCUGAUUUCUUGUUUUUCUGGUGAACAUUCCCGUGGCCAUAUGGGUGACCAUCGUAAGGUGAGUUAUGACUUUCCUCCUGACCUGUCGCUGAACAGCAGUGAGACGACCGACUGUCAACCAGACGCUGACGUCGACGCUUCACCACAGACCCUGUCUUGUCCGGGAGAGUGCAUCUGCGCAGUGUGCGGCAGACGAAGUGGGGUGUGUCUGCACUGCAGUCACUCUGGAGUCACGACCAUGACACCGGUCACCACAACCUUCACGAUCGUCUAUUUCAGUUACAAUGACAUACGGAGAGUGGACCAGGAGUUCUUUGUCAAUCAACAAGGCUUACUCGAGCUGCACCUGAACCACAAUGCCGUCGAGGCUUUGGCCCCUGGCAUCUUUGGAGGACUUCACGACCUGAUGGUCCUGUCUCUGAGAAAAAAUCAGUUGCAGACGAUACCGGAGGGUUUGUUCUCGAGUUUGAGCAACCUGGAGUUCAUCGAUCUUGCCGAAAACAGGAUUAAAACUGUCGAAGCAGGCGCCUUUCGUGGACUUGUGAAACUCAGUGUGUUAAACAUGGGCAACAAUAGCAUCGCAAGUCUCCCAGGUGAAGUGUUCGAACAUACACCGCACUUGACCGGCCUAGUUUUGGAAAACAACAAUUUGACGUCACUGAGCGCACACCUUUUCAGAGGCCUGCGCAGACUUGUAAUUCUGUACAUGUCGAACAACCCUGCUGGUGACAUUCCCGAAGACCUCUUCAAAGACCUGAGGACACUGCUGGAGCUGCGCAUGAACAACCUGAGCCUGCGAGCGCUGCCCGUCGGCGCGCUCUCCCCGCUGCGCGGCCUCAACGUGCUGGACAUCGGCCAGAACCAGAUCCGCUCCCUCACUCGCGCCCACUUCGCGGGCACGCGGAGCCUCAUGGACCUGUUCGUAGACGUGUUGCCCGGCGUCGACGCCUCGCACGAGGCUGCGCUCGCCUACAAGAACAUCACGCUCGUGGACUUCUGGUUCCAGAGGCCAUGGUUUCAACAUCUCUAUCUCUCCGGACACCCGCUAUGCCGGAGUCCAGAGCGAGAAAGAGUUGUAGAUUACCUGUUCACCUCGGAAUACCAAAACGUGCUGUGUUACUAGCAUCAAUAGACCGUAGCCAAAAUUUUGUGAAGGACCAAGAUUUUGUGAAGAAGGAGGUUAAGUAUACCCAAUUAAUAUUUUUUUGUAAUUUGUCUUCAUGACUGAGUUAUAAAAGAAAAUCGAUUGUCACACUAACAUCUCAUGGAAUAGUAUACUUUUAGAACUCCAACGUUAACACAUAGAAAUUUAAGUAUUUAUAUUGCCUGAGAAAAGAAAACUGAACAUUAUAUAUUUGUUUUUUAUUUAAUUGUCUUAAAUACUUUGUUCUUCGAUACAGUGUUCUAUUAUUUCUUUAAAACCAUUCAUCAAUACAUAAAUGUAUUAAUGUUAUUAAAUACAAGAAACACACAUGUCAAGUAUGUAUGAAAAACAUGCUUAUAGAGUAAAACGUAUGUAAACUGGUAUUACACACAGACUUCUUGUCUUGGAAACAUAAUUCCUGCUGAUUUUGUGUAUGAGGCAUGUCGGGCUAUAAUGGGGGAGAAAAUACAUUAUUGUAGCCUACUGAGGAUUACAAAAAUCCUUCAAAAUUAAUUUUUCUGUAACAUUAUGUAGCUAUUAAUUUUCUUACCCUGUCUUCAUUUUUUUAAUCCUGGAGGGGAGGGUACUACCCCAUGAAUCUCCCUCUGGCACGUCCCUGAUUUAGGUAAUUAGUUAGCCAAUUUUAACUAUGUUAAAAAAAAGGUCCCAUUGAGAAUGUUAGUUAAUAUGCGUAUCCUUCCGCCGCUGUUAUUUUACCAACAGUGCUUGUAAAGAAUUUCCAAUGUUCGUAAGCAAACUUCAUGUGUUGAUCUGCAGUGUCAUUGGAAAAGUAAACUAUCGGCACUACAUCGGAGACAGGUCACAAUAAAAAAACACUUUAACGAUCAUAUGUAAGCAGAUUGAAAAGUAUAUAAAGGAAAAUUUAUAAAUUAAACAUUUUCCCGUCUUGAA